UCGAUACACCUUUUCUCCUUUCCGUUACUCGCCCGAAUCCUAAACUCGAGUGCCACUAAUAUUAAUUUAAUCUUCUGAGAUUAAUUUAUUAUAAAAAUCAGAUAAUCUUCGUCUUCACUCUCCUCAUCACCAGCGAACGUAAGUCUGCCCAUUUCAAUUUUUUUUCUUCGUCAAAAUAAUUCCAAUCUCCUCAGUUUUUCUAAAAUAAAAGCAAAGCUACUUGGCGUUAAUCAUGAUCAUGAAUAUAAAACCCACGCUCCACUAAAGCUUUUCUAUGCCCUGAACCAAAACCCUAGUAUUAUUGCUUUGGCUCUGAAAAUGGUGGUGAGGAUUCGGCUCUCGCGAUUCGGAUGCAAGAACAAACCCUUCUAUCGGGUUAUGGCUGCUGAUAGCAGGUCUCCCAGAGAUGGCAAACACAUUGAAGUUCUCGGUUACUACAAUCCCUUACCAGGUCAAGAUGGUGGCAAGAGAAUGGGUCUCAACUUCGAAAGGGUGAAGUAUUGGCUUUCUGUUGGAGCUCAGUCUUCAGAGCCUGUGGAACGGCUUCUAUUCAGAGCUGGGGUACUGCCCCCACCACCUAUGGUGGCAAUGGGACGUAAAGGUGGACUGCGUGAUACUCGCCCUGUCGAUGCUCUAACUGGGCGUGUGCUGAAUCAAGAGAAGCCUGCUAAUGAGAAGAACAAUGAUCAUGAACAUGAAGCUGCUGAAAACCCUUUUUAGGGGUACUGCUCUGAUUUGUUUGCUACUUUUGUUUUUGUGGAACUUUUUAAAGCUGCUAGGCGUGCAUUUUUGAAAUGUUAAUAAAUUUGUGCAUUUAAUUUAUUUGGAGUAUUGAUUUUUGAAAUGUUAAUAAAUCUCCCCAGGAUCAUUUUUUUUGUUUAA